UAAUAUUUGUUUCCGGUUCCGGUAUUAAAAAAUUCCGCGAAGUUGUAAAAUGCUGAAUCGGUUAAAUAAGGCAUUAUACAGCAUAAGUUAGAUAUUCUGUUUAACAAUCUGUUAAACGUGAGUUAUUGUUAGGUGAAAGAAUCCGCUUACUCAUUAUGUCAGCCAACAGAUUUGUUAAAUUUAGAAAGAACAAAAUUGCACCGCAGUCGCACAGUACCCGAAAGCUAGAUAAAAGCGACUCUCAGACAACAAUUUCAAAGUUUUUCUCUUCAAACACAAAAAGAAAAGACAGAGAUGAGACAGAAACUGACUGUGUAGUUGUGAUAGAUGAUAGCAUUACAGAUACUGAAAAACAGAUUCUUGAAGUACCAUUAAAGAAGAAAGCAAAGCUUGAUGCCAAACCAACUGAUGAGGCGAGUGACUCUCCUGAUGUCAGGUCCCCACAACACAGUCCAAUUAUUGCAAGGGUAAAGCACAAGUUGCAGAGCUUUUCUGCUGUUGAUCUAGAUAGUACAAAAACUGCAGAUAUAGAAAGUUUUGAUUUCAACGUGUUAAAAAGAGAAAGUGCUACUAGAUUGUCAGAUGUCAGUUCGUUGAAAGAAGUAGAGGAAAUUGUUACUAAUGAAAUCUCUCAGGACACUGAAGAGCAGGAUGUUGAAAAAACAGAAACAUUGGUGAAAAAAAAAAGUAAAUUUUCCGCAGUAAAAAUUGAUAAGGGCAAAAAACCAUCAAGGUCAAAAUCCUCGGGGAGUUUGACAGUAAAAUAUACACCAUUAGAACAACAGUAUGUAGAGUUUAGAGACAAAUACAGGGAUGCUGUCCUGUUUAUUGAAUGUGGAUACAAGUACAGGUUUUUUGGAAAAGAUGCAGAGAUAGCUGCAAAGGUGUUGAAAAUCUAUGCUCAUCACGAUCACAACUUCCUCACCGCCAGUAUACCCGUACACAGACUGUUUGUUCAUGUGAGCAGGAUAGUUUCAGCAGGAUAUAAGGUUGGAGUUGUGCAACAGACAGAAACUGCAGCACUUAAGGCAGCUGGUAGUAAUAAAAAUGCGCCAUUCACCCGACAGCUGACAGCUUUAUAUACCAAAUCUACAAUGAUUGGAGAAGAUGUUGACAGAACAUCUGGAGAUGUAGGUGACAGUACUGUGCCAGUUUCCACGGUAACCAGCUAUCUGAUGUGUGUCUGUGAACAUGAGGCACCAAAGGGAGAACAGAAAACCCCUGUUGGAAUCUUGGCAGUACAGCCGUCCACUGGUGAUAUUAUAUAUGACAGCUUUGAUGACACGGGUCCACGUCCUGAGCUGGAAACCAGGCUGACCCAUAUACAGCCAGCAGAAAUCAUCUUACCUUCUAAUGUUUCCAUGGAAACCGAAAAGUUGUUGACUGGCUUUCAGACUGUAUGUUACCAUGGAGAUGAUAGAAUGAGAAUAGAGAAAAUAGACUCUUCAGUGUGUGGGUUUAGUGAAGCAUUUACACGAGUAUCUGAGUUCUACCGGCAAAAUUCUACCUCUGAUUCCAGUGAUAUACAGACAGUGAUAAACUUACCUCAGCCUGUAAUAUGUUGUUUGUCAGCUCUCAUUUUCUACCUGCAAGAUUUCAAACUCGACAGAAUACUCCUGGAAGUUAGCAAUUUUAGCCAGUUUUCCACCAAGACUACCUAUAUGCAGCUAGACAGUUGCACAGUGAGAAACCUGGAACUAUUUUACAAUGUAACUAAUCAAGGAGAGCAUGGUUCCCUGUACUGGGUUAUAAAUCAAACAGUUACACCAGCUGGAGCCCGGCAGCUCAAAAGAUGGCUCUCAAAGCCUUUGUUAUCUCACAGUGAGAUAAAAUUACGUCAAGAGGCAGUAUCUGAUAUUGUAGAAGGAAAUUUUCCAGACGUACAAAAACUGAGGGCUGUGUUGUCACGGUUACAAGAUGUAGAAAGACGCCUAGCGUCUACUUAUCAUAAAAAGUGUAGUCCUUCAGAUUUCUACAGCAUGUGUGAAGCAUUGUUGACAGUUCAUGACAAAUUUCAGCUUCAGAAAGAGGCUGCUUCCUGUCAUGUGACUUCAAAGUUACUCCUUGAAAUCAUAGAUGAAAUCCCUAACUUUUUGUCUGAUGUGAAAGAAGUUGUUGAUAUGAUUGAUGGAAAAGCAGCAAAGGAAAAUGAUAAAACUCACAUGUUCUCUGAAGAUGCACAUUUCCCCGAGGUUAUGAAUUGUAAAGAGAAGAUAACUGAGGUAACCAAGGAGAUACAAGAACAUCGGCGAUCUGUGCGUCUGACCGUACGUCAACCUGCCCUUGAGUAUUGUACAGUUCUUGGAACUGAGUUUCUUGUUGAAGUAAAAAACAGUAACAUAUCUCUUAUACCAAAAGACUGGACAAAGAUUAGCAGUACAAAGGCUGUGAGCAGAUUUCACACACCAUUUAUAGUGGAGAAAUACAAACUUCUACAGCAGUAUAGGGAGAAACUCGUGAUAGAAUCAAACAACGCUUGGAUACAGUUCCUGGAUUCAUUCUCUGAGAGGUACCAACAAUACAGAAAGGCUGUAUAUCUUCUCUCCACUCUUGAUUGUUUGUUGUCGUUUGCAACAGUUGCUCAGCAACAUGGAUAUGUCAGGCCAGAAAUUGUUGCAGAUGAAGUAUGUGUGAAUAUAGAAGGUGGACGUCAUCCUGUCAUACAAGAGCUGCUGAAUGAAAACAAACAAUAUGUUGCCAAUGAUACAUGUCUCAAUACAAGUGGUAAACAUGUGAUGAUCAUAACUGGUCCGAAUAUGGGAGGAAAGAGCUGUUAUAUCAGACAGGUGGCGGUUAUAUCCUUGCUGGCACAAAUAGGCUCCUUCGUACCAGCCAAGUCAGCAAAGCUAGGCAUACUUGAUGCCAUUUUCACAAGAAUGGGAGCAGCAGACGAUAUUUACCAUGGACGGAGUACAUUUAUGGUAGAGUUACAAGAAGCAGCUGAUAUCAUGGCCAAGGCCACAUCAAGGUCGUUAGUGAUUCUGGAUGAACUUGGCAGAGGGACAAGUACACAUGAUGGUGUGGCCAUUGCUCAUGCUGUGCUCAACUUCUUUAUUAACCAGCCAAGAUGUAUGACCCUGUUUGUAACACACUAUCCAUCAUUAGCAGAGUUUGAGACAAUUUACCCAGACAAAGUGGGAAACUACCACAUGUCAUUCCUGUUGAAUGACGAGAAUACAGGGUCAGAUGACCAAGAGCAGAUAACUUUCCUAUAUGAGUUGGUGCAGGGAGUGGCAGCAAGAAGUUAUGGCCUUAAUGUUGCUAGGUUGGCCAACAUACCUGAACAUAUUGUAAAAGUGGCAUCAGUGAAGUCACACGAUAUGGAGAACACUGAACAGUUGCACAGGAGGAAGCCGUCCAGCUGGCAUACAGAAGGUUGGCAGUUCUAUCCAGAUGCCAGACUGUAAGGAAAUUAUGCAGGGAGGUGCACUAGGGUUUUCGUGCAACAUCAAAGGUCUCCAUAUGGCCUAUACCGGAAUUGUGUCAGUGACAUUACUACCAACCAACCAUCAGCUAUACAGCUGGCAAUCAUAGUUCACUCCCAUGUUGCUACUGAAAUCCACACUGGGGUUCAGUGCUUGGUGAAUUCUUAAAUUGGUACGGUUUCCAACAACAAUCCAUCAAGACUAUAUGCUGGGGAUGCAACUAUGACACCUGGCUCAGCUGGAAGUUCCAAGUGGGGACUUGAGUUGAUACCCAUGUUUAAAGGAGAAAUCUUUACUUUUAAUACUCUAAAUUCAAACCACUUUAGACUUCAAGUGACCUC